AUGGAUUCUUCAUCACCUCAACGUGAAGCUAUCAGAGAUGAUGAUGAAACUCAGGGAAACGAUGAUGAGUUUGGGACAACUAGUCCUGUUACUGCAAGUGGAAACAAAAGGAAGACCAAGUCAGCUGCAGCUGUUAAGAAGAAGAAGAAUACAAGUACAAGGUCAACAGUUUGGAAUCAUUACACAAGACUGAAGGAUAAUCGGAACAAAUGCAGCUGCAACUAUUGCGGUAGAGUUAUGCGUUGUGCAACGUCCAAUGGCACUUCAUGUCUCAAGAAGCAUCUUGGUAUCUGCAAGGAACAUCAGACAUGGGUACAAAGUCAGUCUCAGACUCAACAUACUCUGAAUGCCGAAAGUGAUGAUGAAGAUGGUGUUCAGUUGAAGCUGGCGAGGGUUUCUAAUGAAGUUGUAAGGGAAGCUACUAAUGAGAUGCUUGUCAUAUCGGAGUUGCCACUAUCCUUUGUUGAUGGUUUGGGAUGGAAGCACUUCUGCAACAAGGUGAAUCUUCCUAAGCCACAUUCACGAAGAACAGCAACAAGGGAUAUUGUUGAGUUGUAUGCAAAGAGGAAAUCAGAUUUGAUGCAGCUGAUCAGUGGCAACAAGCAAAGGGUUUCUUUAACAACAGACAUUUGGGUUGCACCAAGUACAGCAGCUAGCUACAUGGUCAUCACGGCACACUUCAUCGAUGAUAGAUGGAAACUUAGGAAGUUCAUCAUUGGUUUCAAGCAUGUAGCGGAUCAUAAAGGGGUGACAAUAUGCUCUGUCUUGCUGGAGUGUAUGGCUGAAUGGGGGAUAAAGAAAGUGUUUACAAUAACAGUAGACAAUGCCACUGCGAACACUAAUGCUCUGAAGUUGUUCAGGGAUGCAUUCAACGCUUUAGGACCUGAGUGCUUAGUGCUGGGAGGUGAGCUUCUGCAUCUACGUUGUUGUGCUCAUAUCAUCAACUUGGUUGUGCGAGAUGGUAUGCUAGAGGUGGAUGCGAGUGUGUGUGCAAUAAGGAACGCCAUACAAUAUAUCAGAGCUUCUUCUAAGAGAGUCGAAUCAUUUGAUCAGAAGGUUGAGUCAGCAAGGAUGACAAGAGGUAGCUUAUCUUUGGACUGCAAGACACGAUGGAAUUCAACCUACCUGAUGUUGUCAAGGGCCUUGAAGUUUAGAGCAGCGUUUGAUAGAAUGGAAGUUGAGGACAAGCUUUACAAUGAUCACUUUCAAGAGACUGUGGAGGGCAAGAAGAGGGUUGGACCACCAACUUCAGAGGAUUGGGAUAAAGUGGAGGGUUUGGUUAAGUUCCUGGUAAUAUUCUACAACUCGACUUUAGUUGUCUCUGCUUCUAACUCGCCUAGUUCCUACAAGUGUUACAAUGAGAUUGUCACCAUAGAAGGAAUCUGA